AUGUCGCUCAAGGACAGGAUCUCGUCACCCCUCGAGGCUGGUACCUCAAUCCUCGAUGCUCAUCACCUGCCUCCUCAUCUGGCACCGGCUCUCGAGCAUGUAUCUUCGCGUCUGGCCCGCAAGUCGCAGCAUAUCACGCUUGUUGUAGCCCGUCGGGAUUAUCAACUCCCUUCUGUUGUACCCCCCAAGGGCCUCCUGACUCCGACGACUCCUUCACCACUGUCUCCUGGACUUCGGUUGAACCUCUCUCAAGGUCCUGUCUCCAGGCUCAAAUCGCUGGUCAGGACUGGUUCUUCAACAUCCCUGCGGUCGAUCAAUUCUCCGCGGAGUGCUUUGUCUUCACCCGGUCAGGUCCCCCCGCUUGAGGCGUCCAGCCCUCGGUUCAGAUGGCCUCUUUCACCAUCCACGCCAAUGUCUCCUCCUCCCAUGACACCUUGCACCGCAUCAUCGACGACCACCGAUACCAUGAGCUCAAUGAUGAGCGCUUCGUCAGGCUUCGGUAUGCGACUUAUCCACACCAACGAGCUCCACCCUAGGUCCGAAAAGAUCCUCAACUCCAUUUUGAGCAAGACGGAAAAGAAGUUCGCGAUAGGCACUGAGUGGCUAUCACCUGCUGUCAGAGCUUCCUCGUGCGGGCUCACCAACCAGCUCAUCCAUAGCUCCAUCAUCCAGAACGAGGUCCUUUUCUGCUCCGAAGGCCUCACAGUCCUCACACUCGAUAGAUUGUACAGUCUCAAGAGUGCCUUGUCCAGCUAUUCCAAAACAAAAUCCCACCUCCGUCUCGAAGACGCCGUUGACGAGCUCCGACGUAUCAUCCUGGCAACCAAUGGUGCAAAGGUUUCGAAAACCGCCAUCCUCCGAUCGUAUGACUGGCUGAGUGUGUCUAAUUGGGCACUUGUGGACCUCGAUCGCAUGUAUAGGCGGGCAUAUGGAGGACCAGAGCAGUAUGGUGGUAUCUCAGGUCUUACUAGCUUUGCGGAGCCAGCCAUAAAACCUAUCAGCGACUCACAAGAGCGAUACAAGGAAGAAGAGGCUGAGGAGGCUACAAUAGGCCUGGCUGUCUCCGAAGGGAAGACGCCCUCGCCGAAGCCUCUGCUUAAACUCCAGACAAAUUUCACUCCGGGGCCCAUUCUGAAACCGAAGCCCAACAAGAUUCAAGUCCCAGCUCCAGUUUCGGUUCCAGCUCAAGUUCAAGCACCAACCCAAGCACCAACUCAGACCGAAGGAGAAGAGGAGGAGGAAGACGGCGAUCGCACGGCACGACCGACAGAUCAACUGUAUUUCACAAUGCAACAAUGGGAGCCACCUUCGACGAUAGAUCAAAUCUUAACCGCCGGUCCCAUCAAUCGAAGCGCUUUCAGUCCUCUCACGCCAACACCCAUCAUGAGUCCAGCAUCACCAAGAUUUGGGCCGUUAACACCACAUGACUAUGACGAUAUUUCGCCCACCACGCGUGGAGAAUGGGGUUUCAUGAUGGCAGAUAAUGCCUUUCAGAGUGGCCGGAAGGCCGGAGUUGAGAUUUUUUGA